CGAAAUCUCCAUUAAUUUCACAUCAGUGAUUUGUUCCAUAUCGGAAAAUUAAUUGUGAGUUUGAUUAUUAGCAAAUAGUGUGUUUCUGAAGUACAUAUCUGCCCAUCAUAUGCGUAGUUAUAGUUUCCAGUUGACAAGAAACUCGACGGACCAAAAUGAUGGGAAGAUUAUCACUUGUGUUAUCAUUUUACUCGUUCAUCAAUAUUCAACUAUUUGUGUAUGGUACUGAUUUUGAUGAUCAUGAACUUAACCUGCACCAGUGGAAUUCGUACAAAGUUCAGUUCAAUAAAAUGUACGAAUCAGCAGAACAUGACCAAAAAAGAAUGAAAAUAUACGUGGAUAAUUUGGACAGAAUUUCCAAGCAUAAUGAACUUUAUGACAAAGGCCAAGUUACGUACAAACUUGGGAUGAAUCAGUUCGCUGAUAUGACUUCUGAAGAAUUUUCAAAUUUAUACUUAUCUGAAACCGACUCCAGCUUUGCUCAAAAUACAAAUUCGCGUGUGAUAUCAUCUCUUCGAUCAAAUGCACAAAAUGUUCCAGAUUACGUAAAUUGGGUACAUGAGGGAGCCGUGACUAAAAUAAAAAAUCAAGGAGGUUGUGGCUCGUGUUGGGCGUUUGCUACUGUCGGAUUAUUGGAGGGACAUUUUUACUUGAAAAAUGGAGUGUUGGAAGAUUUAAGCCCCCAAAAUCUCGUGGAUUGCGACAGAAUAUCUCACGGUUGCAAUGGCGGUUAUGUUACCACUGCGUUAGAUUACGUGAAAGAAAAUGGAAUAGCUACAGAAAAAGAAUAUCCAUAUGAAUCAGUGAACACAAGCUGCAGAUACGCUCGAAAUGAACAUGAUUCUUCUCGUACUAUCAAAGAGUAUGUACAAGUAUUGCCACUAGAUGAAACAGCCAUUAAAGUAGCAGUCAGUGCGGGGCCAGUUAAGUGUUCAAUGAAUGCUUCCGAUUCGAACUUUCACCUAUACGAAUAUGGUAUCUAUAACAGCAAGAAUUGUUCCCAAGAAACUACAAAUCAUGCUCUUGUAAUAGUUGGUUAUGGUACAACAAAUCACACAAAGCAAGAUUAUUGGCUGGUCAAGAACUCGUGGGGUGUGACUUGGGGUGAACAAGGCUACGUGAGAAUAGCUCGAGGCAAAAAUGUUUGUGCUAUAGAAACAAAUAACAUAUAUAUACCAAGGUCGAAUAUCAAUUAAGAAUUGUGAAGCUGCAUUAUUUUCAAAAUGCAUACU